ACGGGAGAAGAAUCAAAGAGUACAUACACCAUGGCAGAGAACGGCACAGCCGGCGUGGAACCCAAAGGGUUGCACAUGAGCUUGGAUGCCUUAAUAAAGGAGAAGGGACCGGAAAAGAAAGGGAACCAAGGAAGGCAUCGCAAUGACGGAUUUCAGAAUGGUGCGCAUCGAGGCAGGGGAGGCAGGGGAAGAGGGCCCUCCGAUCAGGGAGGCAGAGGGCGUGGACGAUUCCAUGGCGUGCAUCAACAGAACUGGCAGGGACCACAGCCUGGAACACUCCCUUUUCCUCCCAAUGCACAGCGCCUCGUGCGAGUGGACACCGGAGCAGAGAUGGGCAACCCUGGGUCGGGGCCAGUGCUUCUACUCCCACCUGAAUUCCUGGCACAGGGAGGAGGCGCGGCGUUUGGGCAGCCAAUGGGUUUUGGGCCAGGGCCCUCAUUUGGGCAGGGCAUGUUCCCAGGGCCGGCCAGGCGCGGACCCAUGGGGCAACCCGCGGCGCCAGAGAGGCCGAAAGAGACGUGCUUCACGCGCGUGGAGUCGGGCGAGGUGGUGGUGAAGCUCAAGGGGGUGGAGAUUGUGCGCGUGUCGGCCGCUGGUGACAUCACCCUCGACACAGGCGGCAGCAAACGGCCGGAGGUGUUCAGGGCGCUGCAGGGGGCGCUGGGUGCGCUGGGCGUGCGGCUGACCGACCUGGGGAAUGACCAGUGGAGCCUCUCAGACGGCCGCUCCCUUACACGUUUCCAAGACGGCGUUGUGCUGCCGGGCAAGGGAGCUGUGUCGGCGGCGCGCGCCAAGCUGCUGCAGGCGCACUACAAGACGCCCGGUGCUGCCUCCGCCGCUGCAGCCGCCACCGCAGCAUCCAACGCCGCAGCGGCGGCAGCAGGCUUGAUACCAUCAGGACCGCCCGGCGUGCCGCCAGGGUUCAACAGCGCACCAAAUAGAUACGGCAUGGGAACUUCAGAAUACCAGGGGGAUUGGCAGCAGGGUGAUUACGCCAAUGGCGGCCGGCCCGGCUCCGGCAAAACGCCGCCAAAUGUGCGACGGCUACAGGCGCAGGGGCGAUACAAUCCUUACUGAAUCAGUAAUUCAUCCCUGCCAGGGUGGCGACGUGAAUAUCUUUUCAGGGGCCAUUUGCAGUAAAAAAGCAGAAAGCCCAAAUUUCGUGUUCAUGUGUGUGCCACAAUGAACCAUAGACUGGAAUAUCGCUCGAUGGUGGUGUUGCUUAUGAUCUGCCAUGAGAAGGGUCUGGCAGAGCAGGUUUAAUGUCUUCUCACUAAUCCAGACAGGAUGUGUAUUAACAUGGCGCCACGUGCCGAAGGAUCUGGGAGACAAUUGUGGUCUACUGUGUCGACGGGAGGGUGAGGAGUAUUAGCUAAAAUUUGUUAGCUUAUCAGAAAUAUUGGGUCCUUCAACGAUUGGUGGAAUGGCAUGCCAUUGUAAAAUCGAAGAGUACUAC